UUUGAUUCAUAUUGUAAUUUAUUCAUAAAAAUGGUCACAAAUAUCAUACAAAGGACAUCAGUAGCACCAAGCAUUUACCAGUUAAAGAGGGAAUUUUUGCUCUGUUCAGCAACACGUUAAAGUACUCUCCAAACUAGUGUUUCUUUGUGUCACAAGACAUUUGUAUCAUUUACUUCGCUAUGGUGCAGUGAUGAUACUGGGAGUAUGCAACAGGGCCAUGUUUUUAUGCCAUUAAACUUCAUGAAAGUAUACGGAUCUCACUAUUUGACCCACUUUAUCAAUGUCUAAUUGGCAUACAGAUAUAUUUUAGAGUUAAGUAAUCAUGUGUCAAAUGUUCUGAUGAUAGAUACAUUUCACUUCUAAAAUUAAAUACACUUGAAUUAACUAAACACUGUACAGUACAUUUCUUGCGGAAAUAAAUUGCACCACAGCACGGUUUCGGGGCAGCGUCAUGUUUUGUGACUGCAAUGCCUUCAUAGAGGCGAUGGGCGUUUCUGGACGCAGAUGGCGCUGUUGAGCAUAUAUUUUGUUUCAGUCCCGUUUCCCUCCAUGGUUUCUCCUCUCUCCGACUAACUUAGCGUUUGGCUCAGUUCAUUAUACAGUCCUAUAUUCUCCCUCCAUUAGGGCAUCUCUGCCUUUGGACUGAAGAUCCCAGCAAAACCCCAGAGAUAAAAGUUUAACUUUCGUAGGGCACGAUGGACAUGAAAAAGAGGAUCCACUUGGAGCUAAGAAACAGGACACCGUCUGAUGUGAGUCGUGCUUUUUAAAACCAACCCUUAGUUUUCUUGCUAGCCCUGCUAGCCAGCCUGCUACUUUUUUGCUUUGAGAGUGACCUGUGUGGCUAGCGUAAUGGUGACCACAUGGGCUUUAGAUUGUGUUACUCGUUUAUAAUAAAGCGGAAAACACUCGUACAACAAGCUUAAUCUUUUUUACUGCUCGGGAUUGGGCGUAUAGCGGUAACAAGACGAGAAAAGCUAUAUUCAAUCGUUACUUUGAAACGGCGAUUCCUCAGCUUGCUGGCAUUAUUGCAGUGCUUUAACCGUUUCGCAGCCCCCUCGGUCAGUGGUGCACACACGAUCCAGCUCGAGUCCACCUUUAUAGCACAAUUUCUGAACUUAUAUUUACGCCAAUAUAUGAGGAAAUCUGCUUUCUGUGCCGCGUUUGGCAUUCGCAGAGAGGUAUAUUUAAUACAGACAUUGGAAGCCAUGUUUGCUGCUAGCAUAACUGCUAAAUGGGGCGCUUUUUCAUCAGAAAUGCUUUUAAAACUCCCGAAGGCGUUGUUGAUAAAACAGAAUUGUCCACCGCCAAACCCGUUAUGUCUUAUUUCCGUAGAGCACAUUGAUAUCAAUUGGCCGUAUUCAGCAGCGACAACAAAAACAGUCACUUGAUUCACGAGUCAUCCAUACCUUGCCCAUCUAACAUAAAGAAAAUAAUACGCCCACUAGUAAGUUGAUGUGUACUCCAACUCAAACAAUGAACUAUCCCCGUAAUCGUGAUUUCUUUCGUGUUAGGUUUAAGCUGUUGCAAUUCGCAAGUUUUAAAUGCAGUCUGCAGCAGCAAAUUCCCCCUAAAUAGCUCACACACUUCAACACAGCAACGUUACCGUCCUUUUUUCGAAACAUGUACUCAACAUUGCAUUUAUUACACCAAGUCUGGUGGUUCAGAUAAGUCAGACACAAUCAUUCAGACAGCAACCACCUAACUUAGUAUUUUGUUCCCGCCAUAUUACCCCCUUCGCUUCACAAGUCAAAGACAACAAAACGUGUCAAAUUGUACUCGAAACAGCAAGAACACAAUUGCUUUCCCUCCGACAAACAUCAUGAGACAAUGUUGGCGAUGUUCGCGACUAAACGCGUGGAUUUGUCGGCAAGCGAUUUCAUGAACACAGUCGGGCUGCUUGACUGACACGGAGAUCCGGUGCACCGCGCCUGGUGCGUGGGCAGUCAAAAAACUCGACGGUCGGCUGUUCCUCUCUGUCCAUGCACGGCAUAAAACUAAAUUAACACCCAAACAACCCAAACACCGUGUAAUGAACGUUAAUUAUUAUUUCACAAUGUACUUUUUGCCGUUGAACUGUUCAGAGAACUGCAUACUGUAUCUCAGGAAUCGCCAUGUUGUCAUUCUGUCGUCUUUGAAGCUCUGGGAGAAAGGAACCGUCUCCAUCUUUGUUUUUACUAAAUUUCCGUCCUCAACAUAUUUCCUUCGCCACUUCGACCUGAAAACGACGUUGUACCCUACAACAAACUGCCACUAUCGGUCGUUCGCUCGACGACAAGUAUAUUCCACUUUCCCACCUGAAAUCUGGUGUAACAAAAAAGAAAAGCUUUUCUAAGGGUGUAUUCGCAAUCCUUUCCGUUGCUGUUGGGUUGGCUAAUGGCGGGCAGACAGAUCUCUCUAGCUGCUCCUCUACCGCACGGCAGCGUUUAAAAGGGGCAAUGGCUAGCCUGUAGCACGCUAGCUCUCAAAAAUCAUUGCAUUUGUCAUUAGAGACUGCAUCAGUAGGCCAUGGAGAGCUACAGCCGCACUUUUACUCGGUUCAAAAGCUCAGUUCAUGAACUGUAUUGUCCGGAGAAAUUAAGCACACAAUAACUUUGGAUGUUUCAAAGAAGGCACGGUACUCUUGUCGGCGUUUGACUUGAGAAAUUGUGAUGUUUAACGUUUGAAAACAACUUUUUGCAACGUUUGUUUCAACACCGAAUUGCGCAACUAGUGUUAGCUUAAACUGACCCACACUAACUCCGCCUUCAGACUUGUUUUUCAUACAUUUCACAGUAAAUAACUGAACAAAGUGUUGUUUGGAGGCAUAUAUACCGCUUAAUUUUUAUUAUUUUGUUCGUCAGCUCGUUUUCGUGGUCUUUUUGUUUACACAUAACGGGCAAUAAACUGUUUAGUUUAAGAAAAUAACGGAGUCCCAACAGACCAAUUUAUAGUGCUGUAAAUUGGUCUGUUUAGAUUCCGUUAUAAUUACAUUAUAACGGAAUUAUUUUUACCCGCAUACUUCCAUUAAUACUUGUAAUAUGCAAAAUACAAUUAACCUAAAGAAAAAAGUGAGACAUUGUGAAACAAAGUCCAUAAAAGAUUAAAACCUUACACAGAAUGCAAAAAGUAGGGAAUUAAACAUACGGGAGAAAAAUGACUGAAAUCAAAACUCGCGAGGCAGCUGUAAACAGUAUUGCACACCAGUUAUCAGCAUUGAUAUAAGUGUAUUUUAGUGCAGAGUUGAAGAUACAAGGAGAAAUUUUUAUGUGAUUUGUACUUUUCUACAUUACAGGUACGAGAACUUGUCCUUGACAAUUGUCGAUCAUAUGAAGGAAAAAUUGAAGGCCUCACAGCUGAGUUUGUCAACCUGGAGUUUCUCAGUCUGAUAAACGUUGGCUUAAUUUCAGUCUGUAACCUGCCAAAACUAGGAAAACUCAAAAAGGUAGAUUUUUCAAUCUUUUUUCUUUAUGUUUAUUAUUAAUAAUGUUUCAUUGUCAGUGGUUAUUAUAAUGUAUUAUCCUCUACCUUGAUUUCAGCUGGAGUUGAGUGACAACAGAAUCAGUGGCGGCCUCGAUGUUUUAGCAGAGAAACUACCCAACCUCACACAUCUAAACCUGAGUGGCAACAAAUUGAAAGACAUCAGCACGUUGGAACCAUUGGUAUGCAUUUUCCUAUUUCUGUAAGCUCAUGUAUAAGCACCAUUGGUAUGUAUUAUCCUAUUUGUUUAAGGUGAUUUAUAGGCAAACCCACACAUAUAUAUAUUAUUACAUACCCAUAUAAAGUGAUUACUUUGCUUUUUUAACUUUAGCCUUGAGGGCUUUUGAAAUCCUAUUUCAAGCAAAAUUCUUCUUUGUUAGCUAAACAUGAAUUUUGCACAAAUGUGCCAUAUCCACAGCUGCAUUUAAUGUAAUUAAUUCAAUGUCACAAAUACUUAAUAAAUCCACAUUACAGUGAUGGUGUGCAUUUCCAGCUCACCUCUGCUUUGGUUUAAUGUGAAUCUGAAUAUUAAAGCUGUGUUGCUGUUACUCUCUUUUAUAUUGUGAAGCAGAAUAAAACAAGAAGGACAAAAAUUUGUUGUACACUCUUGAGCAGUCUGCAUGCACAAUUAACUCAGCUGCUGUUUUUUGUGACCCUGUAAACUUGAAUGCACAGUGUUCAGCAAACUGAAGCUUGAAGGAUGAAAUAACCAGACAUAGGGGGCUUUUUCCAUAACUAAAGAAUACCCCUGUGGUAAAAGUUGUUUAAAAUAUGUGCCAUUGACACAGAAUAGUUAAGCUUGAAGUGUCCAGUACAACAGGAAAUGUCAAAAGUACACAAACUUAAGCAUAUCCACUUUUUUGUCGUUGUAGUAGUUUAAGGAUGCAUAUGGUUCAACCCCAUUUAUGUUAGGCACACAUUGACAUAAAGCACUUGAGACACAUCAGUCAGCAGUUUCUCAUUGCAGUUCUUGACUAUAUUUGCUCAACAGCAAAAGCAGCUAACCCUGAAGAGCUUGGACCUCUUCAACUGUGAAGUGACAAACCUGAAUGACUACAGAGAGAGUGUUUUCAAGCUGCUGCCCCAGCUCACCUACCUGGAUGGUUAUGACAUUGAGGACAGGGAAGCCUCUGACUCUGAUGGAGAGGUAGAUGGAGAUGGUGUAGACGAUGAUGAAGAUGAGGGUAAGAUGUCCUUUCUGUAUUGAUAACUGCUUUUUCUACAUCCCUUGUGUCAAAUAAACAAUGAAAAAUUAAAGAAAAAGUGUAUUACUACCUAAAAUGAGAAUAUGUUCAUUUUCAUGGAAAAUGUGUCGGAUUUGGUCAUAAUAGCUGAAAUAAUUGCUUCACUUUUGUGCCUUACUGUUGUUGCGUUUGAACUUGCAGAGGGAGAAGAGGAGGAAGAUGAGGAUGGCGAGGAAGACGAUUUUGAUGAGGAAGAAGAUGAGGAAGAUGAGGAGGAGGUAGAAGGAGAAGAGGAUGAGGAUGAAGUCAGUGGAGAAGAUGAGGUAACACUGCCCAAAGAAAGAAAUGGUGCCCUCUUUUUUUUUCCCCCUCUAAAGAGCAGAUAAGGAAAUCUUAAAUUCAUUUUAUUAACAAAGUUGGAGCAAUUUUAAAAUGUUAAAUAAAUGUAAAGUGGCAUGUAUAUUGUGAGAGUGUGUAUAAGCUUUAACCACAGCCUCUAUCUCUAAUAACCAUUACACAUUAUAUCCUUAUUGCAAUACUGAACAAUGUAAUUGCACAUAGCACGUUUUCAUUAUGUCCUGCAGACCUAGUCUGUAAGCCAGGGGGAGGUUUAUAUUUGAAAUAACACAUACAAUUUUGUGGUCCAAGGAGGAAGAUUUUGGCCAGGAUGGGGAGGUGGAUGAUGAAGACGAAGAUGAAGAUGAAGACGAUGAUGGUAUGUAUCUUCUCCAUGGUACACCAAUCACGUGUUAAUAGAGCAACCCAAUGAUUUAUCUCAUCACGUGAAUAUUCUUGAGGGAUGUGAUUCUUAUGGUUUUAUUCAGAAUUUUGAGUUUUUCACUCUAAAGGGGUCUAAAUUUCAGAGUAUCUAUGCUAAUGUAUAUGAUAACCCCAGCUUGUUUAUUUUAAAUCAACAGUGGUGAGCCAUGGUAGCUGUUUAUGCAUCUGUAGUGCUCUGCAUUAUCUAUAAAGAUAUGACCGUAGCCUUUAGCUGUUGGCUUUGUGAACAACAAAGCGCUAAUGAAAUAUUACAUGGUUAUUUCUGUGAAGCCUGGUUCAUACCUCUAUGUUGACUCUAUGCUGUGGUGGCCAACGCCAUCAUCAGCACCACAUACUUGAGCAUUGAAUGCUGACUGCUGCCCUGCAGUGCUUGGCACAAACGCCAGCUGGCAGAGCGAUUUCUAUACCAGUCGUAUUGGCAGUUUCCAGAUACAUUCUCUGCUUGUUUUUGCACAGAACAUCAUGGCAACUCCAAGACUACUAUCUGAACAUGUUUCAUCAGAGUUACAGUGCUUUUUAGUAGUCCAGUUAAAGGCUUUCAGUCUACAUUGUUUCAACCCCUAAGUAACAUUUUUGAGGAGGUGCUUGUCAGGCUACAUUGGAUGCUUUGGGGGUAGAUUUGACAAAGCAUACACCAAGUUGGAUGUGUAAUCAGUCUAAAGUUGCCACAAUAGAGGUUUUUCAUCACAGACAAAUCAUUUGCUUAAACUCCAGUUUAUAGCCUGUGAACUCGAGCAUCUGAGCAGAGAAAGGCCUCCUUAAUUCCUUAAUUGUGGAUGAUACAGAUAGCUGUCUGACACGUUUAUUUGAAGUUCAUGAUCCUGUAACAUUAUAAUGUCCACCAAAUGUGAUAGUGAUCUUUCUUGAACAAAGUUCACACUCCCUACAAUCCUGCAAGAGACACUAUUGCUAAAAGAUUCAAGUUUAUCAUGUUCAAUCCAUGUGAAGAAGCCGCUGUAUUGAAGCGAUGGACAAAGAAUUCAUUUAGCAUGUUACUAUAUAAUUCCAAGUUUUCUGCUGUGUAUAUAAAGCUGAAGUUUAGCUUUUGCACCACGGAUACCACAGGACAUUAACUUCCCCUUUGCCCCUAGAAGCAGAAACUGGUAAAGGUGAGAAGAGAAAGCGAGACCCAGAGGAUGAGGACGAUGACGACGAUGAUGAAGACGACGACUAAGACGACGAUUAAGAGCUAACUGAAAACGAGAGCCUACCGAGUUACCCUUCCUACCCUCCCGACGUCCCCCCUCCUUCAACUCGCACCGCCUUUGUAAUCCACGUCUACCCCCCAGCUCCAAGCUCUUUUUAUGGGGCAAGACUGUACCGGAUGGGUGGGCCAAGUGGAGCUGACCCUUCCCUUCUUUCUUUUUUUUUUUUCUCCCCACAUGGAACUGAGAGCCACCCAACACCCUCCGCCUCACCCAACCCACGCCCCCCAGAGGUUCUCAGGCAGCCCAGCACUCAGCAUUCCACAAUUUCACUGUCAAUCCCUCUUUACGUAAUCCCAUAUGAGGACUUUGGGACUGGUAUCUAGUUUUGGGUCUGUGCUUUUAAUAUUUUGUUGGAUGAAUUAUUUUUUGUUGUUGGGUUUAUUAUUUCUCAUUUUUGUCUUUUAUUUUUUUCUGUUCCUUAUUUUUUUCCCAAUAAAAUUAUUGCUAUAGCAGCUGUGCAACCAGCAAGCCAUGAUUUUUAGUGUGGCUGCCUGUUGCACAAAUCAAGGUUGUAGCUACAUUUUUACUUUCUGUAUGACAAAAAAAAAAAAGAAAAAAAAAACAACAACUUUGUAAAUAAAAUGUUAACAUUUUGUGCUUUUCUCUCUCAAUCUCCCUUGUUUCUCUGGUAUCCCAAAUUGAAUUCUAUUUUUUCCAAGCAAUUUUGCCUUUAUUAGAGAAGACUGCUGUAGGGACAAAGGAAAUGUGGGGUGUAGAGAGGACUACAUGUACUGAAAAGUACAGUAUGUCCAGAGUACACAAGGCAUGCUAGGCCAAUCAGCACCUAGACCUCUAAUUAAUUUGAAAGGAUUUUAAGUACAUUGAUCACAUGGCCAUUUUUUUGUUGUCGACCCUUACCACUUUGUCUUUAAUAUGUUCUUUGCAUGGAUGGCAACUUUGAACAGUACGCAGAAUAGAUGUUUAUCUAUUUUGCAUUCAGAGAAAAGCUCCCUUUCACACCUGCAUGGUGUUGAUUUUGGAAAAAAAUUUACCUUUUCUGCAAAAGUUGCUAAGAUUCAUUCUUUUCUUUUUCAUAACUUCCACUCCAAAACUCUCAAAUGGCUUAAUAAGGCUUUUGAAAUUUAGAAUUUAUCUUUAUAUAUCUUUUCUACUGUGUGUCUUUUUAUUUUACAAGUCCUAUAUACAAAAUGGCCUUCACCUUGGGAGAGUUUCCCUUCCUCUGGCUAAACUGAGAAUGCAAUAUUAGAAACAAGUUUUCGGAUUUUUUCAUCCCUGUCUCUUGUUUGUAACAGACAUUUGGGAGAGAAGAAUCAGCCCACAAUUACAGGUCUGAGGAAAAAAUACGACAACUUGUUUAGAGUGCUUUUUUUUUAACCUUUCCUAUCUUUUAGACAAAAAAAAAAGAUCUGUCCUCCCAUAUAAAGUGGAGCCUGUGAUUUCAUGUGGCCUUCUUACUCUGAAUGGACACAAAUGCAGGUGAGUACAGUUUGAGAACAGACUUGGAAAAUAUGCAAAUCAAUCCUUGUGACUUUUUCUGCAAGAUUGAUGAAGCCUGUAACGAUUUAUACUGUGAAUAAAAUUGAGUCAUCAGUCAAAUUCA